AUGUCGUUUAUGGGAGGCGCCGAAUGCUCGACAUCUGGGAACCCCCUCAGCCAGCUCCACAAACAUACACAGAAUGACAGAACCCUUCAGCAAGACCGCCUUGUAGGACGAGGGCCUGGCGGACAGCUUAACGGAUUUCGAAGUCAGAGCGCCAAUGCGCCUCAAGAUGAGAUGAUGAAUGGUUUCCUGAAUCAGGGCCCGAGCCUUCAGCAAGACUUCCCCAUGCAGCCGGGUCAAAUGGGCCCUCUCAACCCUGCCCAGUCCCAUAUGCGAGCCAGCUCGGCAUCGCCAACAUGGGCGCACGACUUUAACGGCCAGCCAGCGAUGGAAUCAGCUUUCCAGCCACCAUCAGCUGCGCAGGCGCAUUUUAAUGCUGACGAGUUUGCCCGUUUCCAGCAGCUAAACACACAAGGUUCUUCCGCGAGAGCGAGUCCGAUGCAGAGCAACGUCCCUAACCAGAUGAACCAACAACGACCUAUGAUGGGUGGCAUGGGUGGUAUGAUGAACCGACCGAUGGGCUACUCCCCCAUGUUCCAGCCGAUGUACCAGAGUCAGCAGCCUAUGCAGCAAAACCAACCACAACAGCAGGAUGCUAAGGGCAAGGGUCGCCUUGUCGAGCUCGACGAUCACAAGUGGGAGGAGCAGUUCGCCUCCAUGGAACUUCAAGAUGGUGACAAGGCUAAGGAACAAGAAGAGGCAAACGCCGCAGAGCGUGAGCUUAAUGAAAUGGACAAGGGCUUAACGUCCGAAACUAAUGAGUUGGGUGAUUUCGAAUCUAUUUGGAAAGGAAUUGAAGCUGAGACGGCCGCUGCUAGACAAGAUUUUGACCAAUUCGAUACCGAAUGGAGCAACAAUAUGAUGCCCGACUUCGAGGGUAUGGGCGACUGGGGUCGUCUCGGUGACCCGGCCGUCGAAACCUAUCUCUUCGAACAAGACAACUUUUUCCGCGACGAGAAGAACGCUUUCGAGGAGGGUGUACGCAUCAUGAAGGAAGGCGGUAACCUUUCCUUAGCCGCCCUGGCUUUCGAAUCGGCUGUUCAGCAGAACCCUGAUCAUACUGAGGCGUGGGUUUACCUAGGAACAGCUCAGGCGCAGAACGAAAAGGAGACGGCAGCAAUUCGUGCUCUUGAGCAAGCGCUCAAGCAGGACCCUAACAACCUGACGGCCUUGAUGGGUCUGGCGGUAUCAUACACCAACGAAGGCUACGACAGCACGGCAUAUCGAACCCUUGAACGUUGGCUGUCAGUUAAGUACCCCAAUAUCCUUGAUCCCAAGGACUUGCACCCUCCUGCAGAGAUGGGCUUCACAGACCGCCAGCAGCUCCACGACAAGGUGACAAAUCUAUUCAUCAGGGCAGCACAGCUGAGUCCUGAUGGUGAGCAUAUGGACCCUGAUGUGCAAGUGGGUCUUGGAGUCCUCUUCUACGGCGCGGAGGAUUAUGAUAAGGCAGUUGAUUGCUUCCAGUCAGCCCUCCACUCGUCAGAAGUCGGUAGUUCCAACCAGCAAGAGCAGCUCCAUCUUCUAUGGAACCGUCUCGGCGCAACCCUCGCAAACAGCGGGCGCUCUGAGGAAGCCAUCGCGGCCUACCAAGAGGCCCUCGCUAUGGCGCCUAACUUUGUGCGAGCCCGUUACAACUUGGGCGUCAGCUGCAUCAACAUCCACUGCCACCACGAGGCUGCCUGCCACUUCCUGGCCGCCUUGGAGAUGCACAAGGCUAUUGAAAAGUCCGGCCGGAGCAAAGCUUACGAGAUCCUGGGCGACAACGCCGCUGGUGUCGAUGAGACGCUUGACCGUAUGUCGGCGCAGAACCGCAGCAGUACCCUAUACGACACCCUUCGUCGCGUCUUUACCCAGAUGGGUCGGCGGGAUCUAGCGGAGAAGACCAUUGCGGGCGUAGAUCCGGAUGUGUUCAGACCAGAGUUUGAGUUCUAG